GCGCUAUUCCUUUCAACAAGAGCAACCCAAUGACCCCCCCGACAAGGCAGCACGCGGUCCACUUGUAGACCCUAGGCUGGUAUUACGCGCCAGCAGUGACAGACAGUAGCGACUGGCCAACAGCGAGGCCGACAGCCACUGCCCCCCACUUCCCCACCCCCCCUCGUCUCGUUGGUCUGUCUGGCUCGCACGCAACAAGCCCGCUAGCUUGCAAGGUUUUCUCCUCGGUCGCUCGGCGUUUGGUCCGUCGUCGUGGGAUGAUCGCCAGCCACGACUCGAUUCUAGCGCACGCACAAAGGCUUGCUACAUCUCACUCUCACUCUCUUUCAAACUACCCAUUGUCUCGCUCGGUAACUCUACUCGGUGCUCGGUCGACACAAUGCAGGCCCAGCAGCAACAACAGACUAUCUCUCGGGCGGCUUCUCCGCCCCCCUCGCCGCUCACCGCUCCGAACCGCUCCUUUGUACCGGAUAACUGGGAGGCCCUCGUCUGCUGCGACCUCGACCACGGCUCGUCGUCGUCUUCCUCGCGGACCCAUACCCACACUCAUUCCCACACGGGCGGCGAGACAAAGUGUAACUCGCCAUGCCCGUUCGAAACAUACUGCUGCCUCGACGAGCAUUGCGAGGAAUCCCACCCGCACCCGCACCCGCACCCGCACCCCCACGCCGCGGACAAGUGCGUCGCAGAGCCGUGUACCGAGGCGUGUAGUAGCGAGGCUUGCGAAGACGCGUGCUUCGACCCCAAUUGUCUCCCCGAAGGCGAAGACGCACUCGCGGCCGCGGGCGCAUGCUGCGAUCAGCCCGGGGAAGAUCCCAGUAACUGGUGUGGCACGGGCUGCACCAUUGAAGAAUAUCUACAAUGUUGCCACGACGCCGGAUGCAUGAUGCCACAGGCGGCCGCACCGGCUCCCACCGACCCCUUGGCACUGCUCGCUGCCGGCGCUGCAGCCCAGGCGCUCUCCACGCCGCCGAAUGCACCCAACUUUUUCGACAUUGCGGCCGUGCUCGCGUCAGCGUCGGCAUCGGCAGCCACGACACCGGCGGCAACGGCAUCUGUCGGCCCGACACCAGCGCCCAUGCCCAUGAUGCCACCGCCUCCCGGUGGCAACAUGUGCCACUGGCAAAACUGCCACCGGUCCUUUGAAAGCAUGCAGGCGCUGCUUGCUCAUCUUGCGUCUGACCAUCUCGGUGCGCCCGUGGAUGCGCCGGCGGCGCCGGUCGCCACGGCCCCACAACAGCCCAGCCCCACGGGUACCGGCAUCGGGGUCAGCAUGAACCAGAUGACGUUCAACCCCAUCGCUGCGAGCAGCAUGAACAAUGUUGCCGGCACGCAGGGCGACCUGCUGUCGUGUCUCUGGGACGACUGUUUCCCUCUCGACCAGCUAGCAUGCGGCGUCGACCUGCCGCCGCUCGACGCCAACUCGUGCGCACAGCACCAGCACGCCCCGGUUCCAGACCCGCAGCAUGCGCACGCUCACUCGCACGCGCACCACACAGCGACUGGCGAGCCCCUCAGCCCACAGACCAUGCUCCGCCACUUGCUCGAGGAGCAUCUCGGUGUCCCUGGCCAGCUUCUUUGGAACAGUGAUGCAGCAGCACAGGCCAUGAACCAGCAGGCCCAGGCCCAGGCCCACGCACACGCACACGGGCACGACCAUGCCCAUGUACAUGACCACACGCACGGCCACACUCACGCCCAUGCGCACAUGCACCCGCCGGUCAAGACCGAAGCGGGUGUGUCGGCACAUGCGCACGCUCACGCGCACGGCGGGCACCACGCGCACGCCCACCACCAUCAUGGUGGCAGCUUCAAGCUCCCGCCGACCCCGUCGCCGACGCCCACUGCUUCGACCGAGGGCCCGCUCCACGUGUGUAAAUGGCCCGGAUGUACCAUCACCGAGGCGUUCGCGUCCGCCGGCGACCUUAUGGAGCAUCUGUCUGAGUGCCACGUCGGUCGUGGAAAGGACAGCUACAGGUGCCACUGGGAUGGAUGUGGCGGCCCUGAAGGGCGUCUGUUUGGCUCGCGCCAGAAGGUACUCCGCCACCUGCAGAGCCACACUGGCCACCGGCCGUAUGUGUGCAACGUAUGCUCGCAGUCGUUUAGUGAGGCGGCACCUCUGGCCGCGCAUAUGCGCCGCCACGCCGACGAGAAACCCUACGCGUGCGACUUCCCCGGCUGCGGCAAGCGUUUCGCCAUCUCGUCCUCGCUCACGAUCCACAUGCGCACACACAAUGGCGAAAAGCCGUUCAUCUGCCCGCACUGCGGCAAGGGCUUUGUCGAGGCGUCCAACCUCACCAAGCACAUCCGCACGCACACUGGCGAGCGGCCGUUCGCGUGCACCCACCCGGGGUGCGGCAAGAAGUUUACGCGUCCCGAUCAGCUCAAGCGGCACAUGCUGGUGCACAACCCCGAGCACAAGGGCCGUGUUGCGGCCAAGGCGCGGGCGUAGGCGUGGAGUCACCAUUCGAAACGGUGUAAGAUAAGUCAGAAGUAAAACGCGCGGCGGGGUAUUGCCGUCGCGCCUAGAAGCGUGUAUAGCUCGUUCUUGUCCGCUACAUUUUUUCGUACUGUUUGAUGUAGCCGUGUUGACUGUUGCGCUGGGGGUGUCACUGACGGC